CCACCACGGCGGACACAAACUUCGAAAUCGACAGAGUUGUCCCGAAAGAUGGCCGCAGGACAACGUCAGAAGGGAGAGAGCGAUUCGGCAGCCGGUUGGAGGGAAUUCUGUACUGCAUCGGGUACGCGGUCGGUCUCGGAGACAUUUGGAGAUUCCCAUUCCUGGCUUAUCAAAAUGGAGGCGGAGCUUUCUUCUUCGCAUACAUCCUACUCAUGUUCGUGAUGGCCAUUCCGCUCUAUAUCAUGGAGCUCUCGAUCGGGCAGUUCUCUAGCCGAGGGCCAGUAGAAGUUUGGAGAUGCUUGCCGAUUGCGAAGGGGAUCGGCUUCGCGAUGGUAACAAUGUCGUUGCUUGUAGCGAUCUACUAUAAUGUGAUUUUGGCUUACACGCUAUAUUAUUUGGUGCAGUCCUUCCGCUCAGUUCUCCCUUGGGCCGACUGCCAUGAUCGGUGGGGAAGUGCCAACGAGAGAUGUUUCGUACGGAACAGAGACGUCAUCCUCUGCACGAAUGUUCCGAGGCUGCUCUAUAAUGAGUACGGGGGCACCAACAUCACCGGGGAAUCUUUUCCGAUCUCUCUGCAGAAUCCAGGAGCCACGUUCGAGGCUCCCCUGAAAGAUUUCUCCCUUCUGAUGGCGAACUGCAGCAAUGCGACAAGCUCCGCUGCGGAAAUGUUCUGGGAGCGAGAUGUGCUAGAUCUCUCUUCUGGGAUAUCUGAAGUUGGCGGCUUGAAAUGGGAUUUGGUGGCUUGCCUCUUCCUGAGCUGGGUCAUUGUGUUCCUCUGCCUCAUCAAAGGCAUCUCGUCGUCGGGGAAGGUUGUAUACUUCACCGCCACCUUCCCUUAUGUCGUGCUGACGAUUCUCCUCGUGAAAGGACUCACAUUGAAUGGUUCGCUGCGCGGCUUGAAAUACUUCUUGGUCCCCGACUUCGAAAAGCUCAAAUCCUUCACACUUUGGCGUAGAGCAGCAGAGCAAUUAUUUUUUUCGGUUGGGAUCGGUUGGGGAGGACUCAUCAUGAGUGGGAGCUAUAACAAAUUUCGCACAGACGCAAGCUCUUUCUCGAUCAUUGUGAUUCUCGCUGAUCUCAUCACAUCCUUCCUGGGGGGAAUCGCUGUCUUCUCGGUUCUUGGCUACAUGUCGGAAACGUACGGGGUCCCUAUCGAAGAUGUGGCCAAACAAGGACAGGGUCUCGCAUUCGUUGUGUUCCCAGAGGCUCUCACGACUCUCUGGUUACCUCAGUUAUGGUCCGUGAUCUUCUUCGUAAUGCUGUUUUUACUCGGGAUCGAUUCCGAGUUCCCUCUGGUGCAGACCGCUCUCACUGUUUUUUCGGACGCUUUCCCCAUAAUGCGUCGCCAUCAAGCUCUAGCGGCGUUUCUGACCUGCACGGUUUGCUUUGCGAUUGGACUCACUUGCGUGACAAGGGGUGGUCAAUACGUUCUGAAUCUGUUCGAUACGUACGCUUCAGGAGUGUCUCUUUUAGCGGCUGGGGCUGCCGAAACCAUUGCGAUUAUGUGGUUCUACGGUGUCAACAAAUUCUCGGAUGACAUUGAGUUCAUGGCUGGGAAGAAGCCGAACAUAUUUAUAAGGAUAUCUUGGACGGUGAUUUCUCCUCUCAUCCUUGUCGGGAUCAUCGGCUGCUACUUCUAUGAGAGGACACCUAUUCUCUACAACAACAAGGAAUCGUAUCCCGCCUGGGCGGAUCACUUGGGGCUAGCCUUGGCUGCUUUCUCGUUUAUACAGAUUCCCAUCGUUGCGAUCCUAGUUGUGAUUCAGAAGAGAAGCAUAACGAAGGCUCUCCAACCGCACGAGAUGUGGGGUCCGGGAGAUGAUGAACUCCUGGAGGAAUACAAGCGGUUCAAGGAGAUCAAAGCCCCUCUUCGUCAUCGCCAUUCACACGGAAAUAACUGA